AUGGCACGUCACAAGAAGCGACGAGUAGCGGCACUAGACGAAGAAGCAGCUCAUCGCACAUUUCUACAAGCUCUAGAAGCGCAACGUGCCAAUGCUAAUCGUCAAAAGGUCGAAAUUCGCUCUGAAAACGAAGAAGCGGCGCCGUCGCCAGUCGUUCCAAUACCGGGUUUUUACUAUGACGAAGCCAAACGUCGUUAUUUUCGUUCUUGUCCAGUAUUUGAGCAACGUCGACGUAAACAUUUGGAAAUGCAAGAACGAAAAAUUACCGUGGAAAAGGCUGAAAGUAAAGGCAAAACCUGUCAUUUGGAAUAUGGGAAGAAAACGCACAAUUGGGUCAAUUAUUUAAGCCAACGACAAAGUCACUAUACGUGGAGUGCACGCAAUCGCGACUCGCGAGAAUUAAUACCUCAGUAUUUGUCGAACUUCUUGUCUGUGCAGGUACUUACAGCUCAAGCUCUGGUCAGUAAUGAUCGAUAUACAGCAUUGGCAUUGCAUCCAAAACGUAACAAUGUUGGAGCAAUUGGUGAUGGCAGUGGAAAAUUAAAUAUUCUGAAGCUGGAGAGACGACCACUUGAUGUUGAAUCGACCACGUCGUCGCCAUUUGCACGUCCAGUGUGUAAUUUAUACGUUUCUGGCCUAAUAACGUCUUUGCAGUGGCGUCCAGUUGAAGCACGCGAUCUACUAAUGUGUCAUUUUGGAUCGGAUUCCAUCGGUGGCUCACAGACAGGAAACGUUUGUUUUUUUCGUGUAAGUGAUUUGAGUAUGACGGGAGCUGCAUUGAUGGCAACGGCACAUGUGGCGAGACUGAAAUUUGUUGAUCCGUGGACUGCUAGAUGGAAUCCAAUUGAUACGAACAAGUUUAGUGUUGGAUGUGGCGGAUCGUCAAGUGCUGCCUACGUGGAUGCAAUAGGAAAUACCAGUAAUUUCCAGCAUGCACCACCUGGAGCUAUUACUAGUGAUGUUCAUGCUCAGAGCUUCUUUGGCACGGGUCAUGUUGUCUUGAAUGGGACGACAAGUGGGGGGUUAUGGGGCUGGGACAUUCGUGCUCCUCGUCGAAUUUUCGAAUGGGAAGUAAAUGGUACUGCUAAUCAACCGACAGGUUCCGUUCUCGACAUUCACAUGCUGAACGACGGUCGUAGAGCGGUUGUCCAGCGCUCAAAUGGAGAGUUACGAAUUGUGGAUCUUCGGACAUUUAGACCGGUGGUGGAGCUCAUACAAGGCGCGACCAAGCAGUAUCUGCCAAGUUUACGCUGUGCUAUCGACAGCUACGAGUCGGUUGUUGUCUCUGGUGGUGACGCAAAAUAUCCACUGGCAAUAAACAGCUACGAUCUGCAAAGUGGACGUCGUGUGGCGUCAAUAGAAAUGCAAAACGCUCAAACAUCGGAGAAGCGGCCGACAUCUGUCCAGCAAGUGCAACUGACGUCUGGUCAUCACGGAAGCCGCUUUGAGGACAUACCAGAGAUUUGGGCCAUAUCUCGCGACGAGCUCUACGUUUGCAGUGGACGGGCUGAUAAUCCGGCAAAUUAG